UGUCAUUAUCCAGGUUGCUACUCAAUUCUGAAGGUGUGACGCAAUCAGCGUGCAAUCUGAAGGUCACACCCCGACCUUUUAGGGCCGAGGUCAAAGGUCAUUGAGAGAGGGAGAUAGUUCGAAGUUGAGAUUUAGUGAUCCCAGAUCAAAGAGGGAAGGAGGAACCGGAGGAGGGGACUGCUUGCAGCCCUUCUGUGACCGAUGUAGGGAAGGCUAAAGCAAGAUGGCGCAUUCUGUCUGGAUAACCUGUAUCUGCUUGUGUGCCCUCAUCUCAGUCUCUGGUGCAAUAACAGCUACCGUCUUAGAAGAUUUUGCGAUUCUACAUAGGGGUGACAACCACACUAUCCACUGUAUAAUUGACAUUGCCAGCACCAACCUAACGGCAGCUGACGUUGUCUGGAUCAAAGACUAUGACAAAGCCAUAGAUCACCAUCCCCACUCUGUGCUUAAUGACACAGUUGCCCGUCUUCACAUCCAAGAAGCUCUCUUCGACGACAAAGGCACAUACUACUGUUCCUUCCCCGGUGAUAGCUUUUUCGAUUUUUUAGAGGCAUCGGCCACAGUGCACGUGGGAUUACCACCGGAGCCAGUAGAGAAUUUAAACUGUUACACUACCAACAUCAAUGAGUACUGGUGUGAGUGGGAGGAUGGCCGCCCGACCAAUCUCAAGACUGUAGAUACCUUGUACUAUCAAGGACCCUAUGUUGAUGGAAACAGAGAAAUUCUACCCUGCCAUCCUGAACGAGAGAACAACUUUUGCCGAGUUAUCGACGAUCCCUUCCAAACAGAAAUAUUUGUCGUGAGCGAAAAUCCCCUUGGCAAUAGUACCUCACAUUUGAAUAGACAAUUUGAUCCACACUCAGAAGUUCGGCCAAACCCUCCAGGGAAUGUAAGAGCAGAGAUCACUGAGCGACGCAAGAUUGCCAUGUCUUGGGAACAACCUUCUGAUUGGCACAGAACUGGCCUUGCCUAUGGGUUGCACUACUGGUUGCAGUACAAAAAAGAAGGGGAAGGAUGGCAAAAUGUGUCUUUGGAUAGUAUCAGAACAGACACAGAAUACAUCAUCUCAGCUCUUGACCCUUAUACAACUUACUUUGUCCGGGUCAGUUGUGCCUACGACGUCCUGGUUGACCAUUAUGAUGGAAACCCAUUUGGUACCUGGUCUGAGCCCAUCGAAGUAGUAACCAUGGCCGAAGAGCCUGGUGCCACCAUGAGAUCACUCACUGUCGUUAAUGUAAAUGGGGAUGCCAACUCAUACACUCGAGAUGUCGUUGUAGGAUGGCAGGCGAUACCAGUGACUGAAUACCGAGGUCCAAACUUUGGCUACAAUGUAUCAGUGCACGACGAGACUGGUGGAGUUGUGAAGUACAAACUUACUACCAACGACUUGUUUCAUUUAAAAGAUCUUGAUAGAUUUAAGAGGUUAACUGUGUAUGUGACGCCUUACAACGAUGUCGGCCCCGGGGUCAACAAAGGUCAGACAACCCUUCAAGAUGAAACCACAGUUCCUGACAAACCAGAAGAUCUGAGGGUGGUGACGAAGACGGCCAGUUCGCUCCAGGUUUCAUGGGAACCACCAAGCAGGAUCACAGGACAUGUUCUUCGAUACGAACUGGAGUGGUUUAAAACCAGUGACCACAGUGGAAUGAUGAGUGCCGAUGUUCCGCCAACAGAAUCCAGUCAUGAGAUAACCAAUCUAGAGGCAUAUACAUCAUAUCGGGUAUCGUUGAAGACUGUCAACAAACGAGGUCCUAGUUCAGGAGCUGCUCUAUUUGUCAUGACAUCACAGUCUGGUCCAUCAGGGUCACCACAGGCCUUGCGAGUGAGCCCAGUACCAACAAACCCUGAUCAACUUCUUUUGAGCUGGGAGGAGGUGCCAGUCAACCAACGGAAUGGAGAGAUUCAAUUCUACACCAUUAUCUACUGCCCUCUAGAUCCAGCACAAGAACAGGAUUCCCCCAUUACCGUUUCCUUGGCAACAGGCUCCCAUUGCGCUGAUGGAACGCAGCAGGAACUCAAUGUGACUGGUAGCCCUUUGCCGUUGUCAGAAACUAUAUCAGGAUUGAAGCCAUUCACUGAGUACGUAGUAAGGAUCGCUGCCUCCACGUCUGCUGCCAGAGGGCCUCCUUCAAGUCUAAAGAAAGCCAAGACCAGCCAAGGAAUGCCCAGCCCUCCUCGCGACCUUCUCCUGACCUUCUCCAAUGACAGUGUGAUCCAACUGGUAUGGGAAGCACCAGAGCAGAUGAAUGGAGUCUUCAAGAACUACAUCAUCAAGUACAAUGAUGAGGUACAGUCUUUGGAUGUUAAGUCAGCAACCUUGGCAGUGAAUGGAUACGUGAAUUACACCAUUGAUGUUCAAGCUUGCAGCAAUGCUGAUCCAUCCCUAGCUUGCAGUCUGCCUGCUACGACACGCGUCAUGACAGAUAUCGGUGCUCCGUUAAUGGUUACCAAUGUUGAUGUUCACCUUGAGACGCAAGACACUGUGAUAGUUAACUGGGGUAGACCAGUGGUACCUAACGGACCUAUAGACUACUACAUGGUGCGCUACAGACCCGCAGACAGUGAUGUUGAAUGGAUGGAAACAGAACCACUCCUGACACCCUCUGCCACCAUUCAGAUUGACUGUGAUCUGGUGGAUGGGGCCACCUUCUUCAACUUUGAGGUCUUUGCGGUGAACGAGGUCGAUAGCAUCCCCCUGGCCGGAACCAUGUCCAUUGCUCAUCUUUUCGAAGUCUGCAAUUUACAUAAAGUGCCUGUGGUCACCAUUGUGCUUGCAAUCCUCCUUCCAAGUUUCGUUGUCAUCAUCGCCUUCUGUUUCUUGAUUUGGGUGAAGCAGUCAGAUCUCUUCAAGCCAGCACCGGAUCCAUACUUCAUUGAAGCAGUUCUUGAUCACAAUGAUGAAAAGUUCCAGCUGCAGGGCCGUCUUCUAAGCGUGCGUACGGAGGGGGAGAAGUUUGACACGCUUCGUCAGGCCAGUUCAACUACCAAUCUCCUACAGCUUCCGUAUGAGAGAUCAUCUUCUAAGGAGAGUACUAGUACAAAUAGCAGCACAGACCAGGGAAUCCAUGAUAUGGACGGCUUCACUGAUGAAUUGCGAUAUGUCCAAGAGAAUACUGGAAGCCGUAGUAACAGCGAGAGUGACGAGGAUAAGGCCUCAGCACCUGCAAAGCACGUGAUGCGCAUCAUGAGCGAUGACUACGAGGAGGAAGACACCGUGUUUGGAGCUGACUGCGAUGGUUCAGUGACCUACUCCCGCAUCGCUGAGGUUGACGGUGCAGAUUGCUCAACCCCGAUGUUAUCCAAGGAAGCAGCGGCUCAGUAUAUGAGCGAUGGCAGUGAGGGAUAUUCCCAGCUGUCUCAGGUCCCUCUACAGGCUAGUGCAACACCACCAGCUCCAAUCCGAGGUCUCGCUGACCAGAGGAGUGAGGCUUCCUUUGGAAGCCAAUCAACGGUUAGCUACCACCGACUGGGUAUGAGUGGCCUGACUCCAAUCACUAGCGUAGAAACGUUGCCAUCUGAAGAUCCCUUGGCAUAUGCACGUCUGUCCCAAGGCUCCGAGACAGACAACGACUACUCCCAGUUGGCAUCUGAUUCCUCCAAUCAAUCCCCGACAGAAUCAAGAGGAGAGAGGACACCCAGGCAGACUGAACCGAGGAAUGAAACCAACAACCAAGAGAGCAAAGGAUUGGCUAUGAGUUUGCCAAGUGUUUCCAUGGGCGGUCGCAUCCAACCUCCACAAGAGUUCAUUGUCGCCACUGCUCUCUCUCCUGGAAACCACCCUAACCCGGUCUCCAAGACAGAUCUAUCAGGAUAUGUCACUUCCCCUCCAGUCACAAAACCACCCCCGCCUGUCAAGCAUGUGAGCCCAGAUAUGCCCAAGAAAGACCUGAAAUGCGAUCACAAGAACCUUGCAGACUCCAAAUCUCAGAGCGGGAGUGACUCCUCGUUGACAGAUGGAGAAGCUUAUAGCACACUUGGAUUAGCAGAAUCGCCUUCUAGCUCUGUCCCACAUCAUCGGCCUCAGAAAGUGGAUGCGUCUUUCACAAAGCCAGACCCUCAUGUACCAGUAGAUUCUGGGUAUGUAUCAAAGGAAGCAGUCACUCCUGCAGAUUUACAGAACACCCCCGUGAAGAACCCCUCAGGCUACAUCACAGAAGCAGAGUUACAAUCUCUCCCUCAAAAGCAACCAAGUUUAGCAGAUCCAAAAAGUGAUCAUAAGAAUGAUUUGCCUGAGAGCAUAUCGAGCCCUAACAAGCACAUACCCAAUGGACUCCCAAAAGUCAGAGCAAACGGGUAUAUUGCUCAUCAAGACGUGCUGCCUCUACAAAAGACUGAUGGUCCAAAGACCACCAACCACAAUGCAGCCGAUCCGUACAUCACGCCUGAACAAAUGGCGCAAAUGCCACAAGGGUCCCAACAUCCGCCCAGCACGCCGUCGCCGCCACCUUCACCUCCGCUAAACAACAAUCAUCCACUGCCGCCCGGCAAGGAAUUUCGGCCGGACGAUCCCUGCAUAGGAAUCGGGGUAGACCGAAAUAUAGCUGCAUUGCCUGCUAACCAUUCAAGUAAUUUUGCUGUAUGUUAGUUGACUGCAUGUUUGACUGUGUAUAGUAUGAUCAUGAAUUAGUGAUGAUAUUCAAUUUUGACUGUGUUCACCUCUGUGUAUAACUGGGAUCGAUACCAAGGAUUCAUGCCUCUGGAUGCUCAUCACGAUGGUCAGGGAAUGAAAGAAGAAUUAAUUGCUGUUGGUUUGGUGUUAUCUACCUCUCUUCAAAAAAAAUCUUUUCUUGAUAUUUUUAUUUUUGAUGUGAUAUUUUAGUUUUGGAAGAUGGGACAGUUUGCCGUUGAGUCAUUAUGGUGUGAUUCAAAACAGCAGAAUGGUUAUGAUCUGCAAUUGCUAGAUGACAUCAGCGAUGUCUUAGGAAGCAUAUACGACUGCCAGGUAAAGGACAGCAAUUAUCAGCAUUAAAAUAAGAGAUUUUGAAAGUGAAUAGUUGAAGGUGCCAUGCAUGGGAUUGUGGAUACGAGCAAGCAAUUCAAGAAAUUCAUGAUCACAUUUUUUAUGAGCAUUUUUUAACCUCAAGAAGGUAAUUACACAUGUAUGUGUUUGUCUGUACUGUGAUAAUUCUAUAGUCAUAAUUCUCUUGUUGCACUAGUUCAUAGGGAUGGUACAAACUCACAUUGCUUUACUCACUUUAACACUAAUAACUUAGAGCAAUUGAUUUACUUUGCUGAGCCUGUUUGUGUUACAGUGAAUCAAAUAAUGCUAGCUUGUGCUGUCCAUGUCCAGAGACGAAGAGCGUUUGGAUUCAAUCCAAGAUUGAGCCAGACGUAGUCAACUCUGGAAAUAGGAAGACAGUAAGAUUUCAGUCAAGUUAUCCUUAAAUCUUUCCAAUGAUCUAUCUUGCAGAGUAUUGUUCCCUCCCGUAACAUGAUUCUUGUGGGUCUAUUAUCACGUUGCCACCAUGCAAGGGCCAAAUGAACAAGACAUGUCUUGAAAACCCUACAGCUCAUAUACUUAUAUCUGUUGCCAAAUGUGAAUGGGUGUUUGCGGAGAGUGGAAUAAAUCAAGGGCCAUCUCUCCUCUGUUAUCAUUAUUAUUAUUAUUUUGUGUGUAAAUAUUUGUAGUAAAGACAGAGAUGUUUUCACUUUCCAGCUCAUGUAAUGGGCUCUAUUUUUUAUGAUCUGUUUUCUCUAUAUCUUGUAUGGCAAAAAGAGAAUGGAUCACAUUUGAUGUGUGUGUGUCUAUUAUAAUAUGCUUCAUUCAGUAGUUUUGUCAUGAUGAUCUUUGCUUCGGCUUGGAGUUGGAAUCUGGCGUUUGAACGUGCAUUUAUAUCAGAAGAAUUUAUGGGUGGGACUAUUUAAUUAUAUUAAACAACACACAGGCACAUUCAUCCAUUUCCUUCACUUAAUAUUUUAUCUGAAAUCAAUUGCAAAUCAAGGGGAAUUUUUUUUUAUGAUGGUCAAAAUUCAAAAUUUUGUUUUCUUUACAACAACAAUACUGAUGGUAAAGUAAUAUUUCUUACGGAGCAUUUUACAAAAUAAAUGAUGAGUGACUUUCACUGAUUAUUUUUAUAAGCUACCAAAAUCCUUGCAUCUGAUUGGUUCAAAGCAAAUUUACUGACAUUUAAUGAAAUACUAUCCUCCAUAUAAUUUCAAAAAAAGUGUGACAUUAAAAGAUGCUGCUGUUGUAUAUGGUGCUCACAUGACUAUACACAAUUCACCAGCAAUCUCUGACUCACUAGCACUUGUCCAGGACGAGAGACAAAAAAAGUUUUUGUGAAAGCACUCUCUUGUUCUGAGUGAUAAGAGUGUUAAAAUACAGCAAAGAAUGAUAGCUUGUAGUUGAUACAACUUUGUAAUGCUUAAUUUCUUCCACAUGCAAACUAGACGUAUAUUUACCUCCUCCUAUUCACCCUUCACAUGUGUCAGUAUUACAUUAAUUUCUUAUACUUGUCUCUCAUAAAAGAUGAAAGGAGAACUAUCUUGAGCCAUUAACACAAAACUUAACAUUCGAUCGUAAAGUUUACUUGUAGACCUCAUUGCACAUGAUAUAAUCUAUUGUAUUAUCAAUCGCGUGAUCAAUCGCAAAGCUCUGUGAUAUCAGGCCCUUGAUAAGUGUCUUACUAUGUAAUCAUGACUUAUCAAACUAGCACAUUAGGUGAUGCCAAGUCCAAUGUUGAUAACUGGUGUUAGUGAUUUUUCCAUCAGCCAUAGCACUGAACUUAAAAUGAGGCUGAUGCUGGGAUCGACGUCGCUUAGUGUUGAGACAUCGAUGAUAUGUUUGGAUCUGUACACAAAAUCAUAUUUUGAGCAGUUAAUGGUCGCACGCAUGUGCAAAAUUAUGUGUAACCUUGUAACUAUGUCCCAAAAUGUCACAAAAUUAGGCUUGAAAGAUGUGUGAAACUUGAAGGCAAAAAAUCAUCAAACGUUGAUGUGAGAUCUAUUACCCGGUAUGUCACAGACUUAGUGCAGUUGGGGUUUAAGGCAUUGUUAUUCUCUCAAAGUGGUUAUGGGUUUAUAGGCAUACGGACAAUAUGAAAUACAUUACCUCAUCAGAACUCCAAUGAACUCAAGUGAAUCUAAUGAUUGAUUAAUGAUGACAAAGUGCAUAUAUCAAAGGGAAAUCCAAGUCUAUCAGUAUCAACUACUUUAAGUAGAGCCUCUUCUUUUUAGAGGGUAAUAAGAUCAUGUUCAAGCUAUAUAACACUGAAUAUACUGACUAUGACUCGGUGUCAUCUCAAUUUUCUUGAUAUCCGGCCCAAAAAAUAUUUGAAUGUCAUUCUCUUUCUCUUAUCUCUUGCAUUUAUUCAAGCAAAAAUAUAUUCAGGGGGGGGGGGGGCUACCCCUAAAGGCCAACAAAGACCAUCAUCAAAACUACCUGAUAUUGCUUUGUGUAAGAUAGGAUCAAAAUCAAAUGUAUUGCAUGUGUCUAUAUCUAGUUCUUUAUUAUGUAAAUAUAUGUACAGUGACUAGUUUUAUGGUCAUUUUUCAAGAUUGUGUGUAUGCCAUGAACUCUAUCUUAGAAACAGUGCAAACAGUAGUUCCUUUAUAUCCUUAUUUUAGUUGUCGUUUGAUUAUUUAUGUUGCACAUAAUUGCUUUGUAUAUUGUCACCAUCACACACAUGUUGUAAUAUGAUGAUCAUAUUUUUAUCAUUUGAUAAUUCUGAUUAGUCUUAAUCAGGAUUUUGUUGAGAUCUUUUAUGAAAAUCUUUAUGGAGCUGUUAUGAAAAAUGUUUAUUCUCUGUGAAGUCUUGAAAAACCAUUAACAGUAUUAUUGGUUGGAUGAUGAUUUUGUUAUUUUUAAUGUGUCAACUUUUCAUGAUGAAUUAAGUGGAUGUAAUUCUCGAGUUAAGAAAUCCUACUACAGUGGCACUCAAUAUAAAUAUGUAUUUGUAUGAAGUCCUACUAUUGUUUUGAACUGAAUAUAUCACUCCGUAAAUGAUAAAGAAUUGAACGACUACCAUUUUUAGUUAGCUUUUGUGUGUUUUCUUAUAUCUUCCACCCGUAUUUUUUUAUUUUUUUAAUAAGCAUUCCUUGCAAUAGGUGUUUACUGUGUAAAGCUAUGUGUGCUCAAAUAAGGGGAGGUUUGAAAACCAAAUAUUACUUGUCAAUCUAAUGAAUUGUAGCUGGAUUUGACGUUGGUGUAAUAAAAGACAUUAGUGUUAAGGAUAUGUUUGCAUACAGCCUCCACUUUGAUGAUAAUUUGGCUGUUGUUAAAGAUGCAGUAUAUUUAAGUCAUACUUGGAGAAGCAAAUUGAGUUUUCUUUCACCACAUUUUGUACUUAAAUCUACACAAUACCUCUCACUAAACUUGUACUUAAAUCACACAUUCUUUUCUUCCAACAUUUCACCAUACAUUUUUCCCUUGAACCUUGUUCUUUGUAAAAUGGCAUCGCACCGAUUCAGAUUAAUAUUGUAUUUAUGUUUCUUUAAUACUUUACAAUUGAGUAGACUUCAUCCUGUAAUAUUGCCUUCACUUGCUUUUCUGUUUUUUCUACUUGAAUCCCCACUUGCUGACUGUUUUCACAGUAAGAGUUGCUUUCUCAUGUUUUUUUGUUAAGUUUGUACACUGUUUCAUGUCAGUAAUCUUAUUGACAAUCUAGUAGUCUUAAAAAUGAAAUAUUUAUACAUCUUUUUCACCUGGAUAUCAUUGGAGCAAAUGAUUUUGACCAAAACAAUGGCAAUGUAUAAUGCUUGUUUGAAAUAAUGCUGUAAUGUAUUUGAGACAUUCUUGGAUCUAUUAUGUAGCAUUUGUGUAAGGGCAACUGUACUUAAGAUUAUCUCAGUUAAUGUACACAUGUGUCAUGUGAAAUUUAAACAAUAAGCUUUAUUAAGGUAGACAGUUAUUGGGGUUUACUCAAAGGUCAACAUUAACUGCCAAAUUUGGUUACACAAAUACUUUUCUCAAAGGUCAACAUUUACUGCCAAAUUUGGUUGCACAAAUAUUUUUCCAAGACAUAAUGCUCAGAAAUCAUUCUGCCUUUUUUCAUAACUUUAUCACUCACCAAUAAAUAUAUAUAUAUCACUGAAGAGCUGCCAAGUCUCCCAUGUUAUGGGGUAAAUUAUUUGAAUUUUGAAAUGAUUUUACAAAGAGAAAUGCAAUUUAAUUCUACCUGAUUCACAAGUUGAAUACCUCAUUAGGAUGCUUUGUAAUUAAUAAAAUCU